GAGAGAAGGAGCCCAACAGUCGAGAAGGGGAGGGAGGACAGAGGAGGGGGACCAGGAAGGACAGCCCGUGCCCCGAAGACAUAAAUCCCUGAGUGCCCAGGACGAGCCUUAACAAGCGGCGCGGAGCCCUCAAGGUUGCUAAGUUGGCUAUCCCCGUGCAAGCCUUGGAGUCCCAAUGGGGGACUCAGGAUCAAGAAGAUCUACCUUGGUCUCACGGUUGCCAAUAUUUAGAAAAAGUAUUAGCAGAAGACAUGACUCUCUUCCUUCUUCACCCUCUUCCAGCAAUACGGUUGGUGUCCACAGUUCUUCUCCUUCCAGCACUAACUCAAGCUCAGGUAGUACAGGAAAACGCAGGAGCAUAUUCCGAGCUCCUUCCAUCAGCUUCCACCAUAAGAAAGGGAGUGAACCUAAGCAAGAACCCACUAACCAGAACCUUAAUAUUUCAAAUGGUGCUCAACCUGUUCACAGCAAUAUGCAGAAACUGAGUUUGGAAGAACAUAUUAAAACCAGGGGAAGACAUUCUGUGGGUUUUAGUAGUUCACGACAUAAGAAGAUAACAAGAUCCUUGACAGAGAAUUUUGAAAGGGAAAAGGAGCACUCAACUAAUAAGAAUGUCUUUAUAAAUUGUCUAAGUUCUGGGAAAAGUGAGGGAGAUGAUUCUGGAUUCACAGAAGAACAAACUCGCCGUUCUGUUAAGCAGUCAACAAGGAAGUUACUCCCUAAAUCUUUUUCAUCUCACUAUAAAUUUUCUAAGCCAGUUCCACAGAGCCAAUCCAUUUCGUUGGUACAACAGUCUGAAUUUUCACUUGAAAUUACACAGUACCAAGAGAGAGAACCUGUGUUAGUAAGAGCUUCUCCAUCUUGUUCUGUGGAUGUAAAUGAACGGGCAGGAAGCUCUUUGCAAUCUCCUUUGCUUUCUGCUGAUCUUACCACAGCCCAGACACCUUCAGAAUUUUUAGCCUUGACUGAAGAUUCUGUAUCUGAAGCAGAUGCAUUUCCUAAUAGUGGAAGCUUAGCAUCCCACUGUGACAAUGGUGGCCCCAAUGACCCUACCUCUCAGAGCUCUCCCAAACCUGCUGCUGUUACAAAGACAACAAUAGAACUUAUGGGAGCUGUGCCUGGUGCAGUUAUGUCUCCUGGGAAAUACAGGUUAGAAGGUCGAUGUAGCACUGAAUCUAAUUCCUUAUCAGAAACCUCUGCUGCUAAUCAAAAGGAAGUGUCAUUGCAAAUCACUGAGCUACCGGUUAAGAAUGUGAACAACUCAGAGACUCACCUAUCAGUAGAUACUCAAAGAGAAGAAAAUAUGCCAUUACAAAAUGGUGAAUCAAUGCCAAGGACAGGCUCUCCAAGGAAACUUGGAUUCUAUGAGCAACAUAAAGCAAUAGCUGAACGUGUUAAAGGGACUCAUCCUAUUUCAGAUUCAAGGAUAAUACCUUCUUCUGGUGAUCAUCACAUUUUAAACAAAACAUCCUAUGGUUAUGAAGCAAGUACAGCCAGAGUUCUUGCCAGUAGCCUCAGUCCAUAUCGGGAAGGAAGGUUUAUAGAGAGGCGACUCCGGUCUUCAUCAGAAGGAACUGCAGGGAGUAGCAGAAUGAUUUUGAAACCAAAAGAUGGAAAUGUAGAAGAAGUAAAUAGUUUAAGAAAGCAAAGAACGAGUUCCUCAUCCUCAAAAAUGAACAGUAUGGAUGUUUUAAAUAACCUGGGAUCCUGUGAAUUAGAUGAAGAUGAUCUAAUGCUCGAUUUAGAAUUUUUAGAAGAACAGAAUCUUCAUCCUUCAGUUUGCAGGGAGGAUUCAUACCACUCUGUAGUCUCCUGUGCUGCUGUAGUUCUCACUCCAAUGGAACCAGCAAUAGAAAUGAAGAAAAGAGAAGAACCAAAAUUUCCUGAGACUUCCAGACAGAAUCUUUCCCUGAAAUUAACAAAAGAAGAUCAGGAAUCCAGGUGUUCCCAUAUAAGCCGAAUGCCCAGCAGUCCAUCAACAGAUUGGCCCCUACAAGGUGUGGAAGAAAAUGGGGGCAUAGAUUCUCUGCCUUUCAGACUGAUGUUACAGGACUGCACAGCAGUAAAGACGUUAUUAUUAAAGAUGAAGAGAGUUCUUCAAGAGAGUGCAGACAUGAGCCCAGCAAGCAGCACCACUUCGCUUCCUGUUAGUCCUCUCACUGAAGAGCCAGUGCCUUUCAAGGAUAUAAUGAAAGAUGAAUGCUCUAUGCUCAAGUUACAGCUGAAGGAGAGGGAUGAACUUAUUUCCCAACUUCAGGAAGAACUGGAAAAAGUUCAGCAUUUACAGAAGGCUUUUGCUUCAAGAGUAGAUAAAUCUACACAGACUGAACUUCUAAGCUGUGAUGCCCUGUGGAAUCCUACAUGCACUGAAGUUUUAUUUAAACCAGUACAUAUUUCAACCUAGGCUAAAUCAUUAUUUGACCACAAGAAAUGCAUUACUAAUCUGUGACAUUAAACAAUGAGUAAAAUGAAUUUUUCUAUUAUUCUAUAUGUUAACUGUUUCUCAGAAUAUGUGAUACAAAAAUGUUUUCAUUCCAGAUACUUUAUACUUUUUGUAUUUGUAAAUAAUCACACAAACUUUUGAUGAAGAGUCAACUAAUAUUUGUCUGUUUUAUUCCUAUUCUAUUUUAAAAACAAAAAUAUACUUUUAUAUAGAAAUUACUUCUCUAUGCAAAUAUUCUAAAAUGUAAUAUUCCACUUGGCAGUAAAUGUUGUUACUCAACCUUCUCAUCCAUAUCAUUUGUCUCUCUGGUGAUAGUUUUCAUUUUUUUCAUCAUGUAUUCUAUGAAGAGUAGAUUAGUUUGAAAACAUUGCCUUAGUUUCUCCCAUCUUAGUGGGAAAAUUCCUACUGAAUAACUAAUUUAUCUGAAACCUCUUUUCUCUUGUGUUAAUAUAAAAAUAGUGUUUUCAAAUGGAAUAUGUAUUGAAGAGUCUUAACUAUAGUAUAUAUUAAAAAAAAAGAAAUCCUACUCAUAACCUUAUAGAGUUGAAGAAAUGCUUAUUGGCUACUGACCUCACACUGAAAGAUGUUUCUUUAAUGUGUCAUAAAAGGGUUUCUGUAUCCUGAACUUGGUAUUGCUCCCCAAUUUCUUUUGUUUCCUGUUUACUGCCUUUCUAUAAUAGCUCAUUUUAGUUAUCAAACAGCCAGGUGGCUACAAGGCACUUCUGAAUGACUCACUGUUGUGGGAACUGUGCAGGACAAUAGGAGAGCCAAAGAGCUCAGGACAGGACAGCACAUUUUCUAUUUCACAUACAAGCCAUGAAAUAGCCAUGGUUAAUGAUGGUAACAUUCAGAAAUACACAAUUUAUUGAAUUAUUUGAGUUAUUAUGUAACAUAUAAUAUGAAUAAUCAGAUGCUGGGCAUAAACCAUGCUAUUAAAUAAAACUAUAAAUGUAUUUAUUUAUACUGCCACAUGAUAUGUGCUUUUGUUGAUUUCACCCCUUAAAGCAUCCUUUUAGAAUCCAAGAUACAAAAACAUUUUUUAUUUCUCCAAUUGUUUUCAUAGUUUAUUAUUUUUAUCUCAUUUUUAAUUGUCUUAUUUUGAGUAUGACAUUUUUUUUAGUGCAGAUAAUGCAAAAACUCCAUCAUCUUAAGUAAAACAUUUGCCAGAUAAAGAUGUUGAUUAAUUUCAAUGGUCAAUAGUCUUUUGAAGAAGAAAGAAUACAAAUAUGAUAUUUUGACUAGGCUACAGAGAUAAAAACAUAUUUGCAAGAGGAGUAAGUCAAGAAUGCUAUUUUCACAAAAACAAGGUAGCAUAAACUGUCAUACAUAAACUGUCAUACAGACUAAAUAAGCCAACUACCUCAGAGGUACAAUUUCAAGACUGCUUUUUAAUACCAGUAAACUAUUUUAUGCUGCUGUUUUGGACUCAAUCUCUCUAUAUACCUCUUUUUCACUGUCUCCCUCUCUCCCUUUCUUCCUUUUGGAAUCAAUGCUGAAUGUACAUCAGUGAGAAUGCUUAUGGGUCAGUGAUUUCAAUUUCUAGGGGAAAUAUUCUCAACUUUUCUUGCAAUGUUUAUUAUAUAAUUAUUGUAAUAUAACUAUGCAUUUUUUCCAUUAAAUAUUACAAUGUUGUUUUGCAAGUUUUGUGUCAUUACAGAAAAUAUGGAUAAAACCAGGGAUUCAUGAUUGUUGCUACUAUUUCUAGAAAAGUUGUAAGAGUUGUUAUUAUUAUAACAAAACAGGUUAAUUAUUUUAGAAAGGAGAGGAGAGAAAUGAGGAUAUAUCUGAGGGUUUUGUAGGUAGUGCGUCAUCUGUAUUUAUUGAUCAAAGGAAACAUUACGCUUUAUGAUUAUGCCUGCAUUUUCAUCCAAAAUGCUCUCACUGUCAAUAAAUCAAAGUAAAAGAUUAGGCAACUUGACUUUCCAAAUAAAGAAACAACUUUAAAAAGGUAUAGUGCCCUUUUCAAGUUCACAUGACUUUUCCAACAAGAGAAAGCCAUAGAUUGUCCAGAUCAAAAGUCAGGGUUUUGUUUUGUUUUCUUGAUUUCAAUGCCAAUGACUACAGAAUGCAGUUGAAAGUAUGUAUUGGUUAUGUAUGCACAUAUGUAUUAUUAUGUGUUAUAUAUUAUUAAAGGUUAAAUUUCUUUGAAAUGUUCUUUAUGGACUAUGGAAAGUUGCAAUGAUAAACAUUUAUCAUGUGAAUGAUAUCUGCUGUGCCAAACUAAGGUCUUUAUUAUAUGUAUUAAGGAGAUUAUUUUAUAAUAUAAUAGGGGAAUUAUUUAUUCAAAUAGAGAAGGAAUUAAGGAAAGCCAUGGACACAAUUUCUAGUAAGUUUAAUAAUCAUUAACAUAUUUUAUCAUUAUUUUAACUCAUUCUGAAUAUUUAGUCAUGUCUUUAAAUAUAAACUUAUUUAAUGUUGUUACCAUAUUUUUAAAUGUAGGUACUUAAAAUUUUCAUUUAGGUUCAUGACAUAUAGCUAUGUUUUAAGUUUUAAGUGAGACUCUAAUAUAUGUUAUAUAUAUGUGUGUGUGUGUGUGCAUAAUUUUAUUAUGACAUGUAGUCUUACUUGCUGAAGUUUUCAAAAUUACUAAUUUUCCUUAAUUACCUAAUUGGAUUUUGUGUUAAAUAUUUAUGUGCAAAACAAAAUAGUUUUCUUUCCAUGUUUAACUUAAAACCAGAGGCAGGCAUCUCCAGAUUUAACAUAGGAAUGCUUUUUACAUUGUAUUUUAUUCUUAUUUCUCCUUAUUUGAUUCUCCAAAUGAAACCCCAUCAAAUUUUAAUUUCUCAUAUAAAAAUUCUCAAAAAGGGCUAUAUCUCACUUGAUGCUCUUUUUGGUAACAGUAAAUGUCAAUGUGAUAUGUUGGCACCUUAAAAAACAAAACAGUAACACUAGCUUACAUUUUCAAGCAUAUGUUAAUUUCAUUUGAUAUAUUUAGUUAAAAUAAGCCCAAAUGUCAGUGAAUAGAUUGAUGUGUUUCCUCCAUUCAAAAGAAUCAUUCUUCAUACUAAUGAGCAUUAGAAUGUCAUAUAUGUUCCAAAUGACAUGUUGUAUAUCUUGAUUUAUAUAAUGGAGAAGAAUAAAACAGGCUGUAAAAUGGAGAAAGGAAGAAAAAUAUAAGCAUCAUUUUAAUUCUAUCCUUUAUUAUCUUCUCUUACCUCUAUUUUUUAAAAGCUUAUCUCCAUCUAUUUUAUGGUUUGCUGCAUGUGGAUGCACAUUACAAAAAGUCAAUCAACAGAGGCCCAAAGGAUAAUAAGAUAUUUUAUGAUGACUGUUUUUACUAUCUGAAAACUGUUUGUAUCUUUAAUUUGUAAACAUCAUGGUCAGUCUGUAUAUAUACAAACACACACACACACACACACACACACACAAAAUGAGAAUUUUCUCAUGUUAAAGUUGUCUUUGUAAAAAAGGAACUUGAUUAGGAGGAGCACAGGUGUAGGAAGCAUAGGCAGUCUUAGAGAAAAGAAAGGGCAAGUUUCAUGACUCUGGGAAAAACGAUGGCAAGUGAAUGCUAAUUUGAUUCUGAUGGAGGAAAACAUUAGUAAUGGCAAGGGUAAAACAAUGCUGCCUAUAAGUCACUCUAAGAUUUAGUUUGGUUUUUUAAAGUUUCCAUGUUUUUGAAAAUAUGACUCCAAAGAUGAAGGAUUCCAUUACUCCUAUAUGGAAAAUAGCUGCUAGUUUAAUUUUCAUGAGCAGUCUGAAAGACAUGUGUACUAAUAAAUUUUGAAUGUAAAUGUUGGGGAGAGUGAAUAAAUGUCAUACCUUCAUACUCAGGCUCUUUCUAGCACUUUCUUCUUAAUAAGGCUGACAAGAUUUCUGAUCUGAAAAAAACUGCUGUUUAACUCUUUCAUAACAAAUAACCUUAUGUGGAAAUAAAUGUUAAUUUCUUUACCAUGGUUUAGUUAUUUCUUAAGAAAUUAAUAUUUUAAUGUAGAUUUCUGAUUUAAUUUCUAUUUCUAGUAAAAAUUUUUAUGAAACUUUAUUUUGUGAUUUAUGUUCUUAAAAAAUCUCUAUAACUGAUUGCCUUUUGGUUAUAGCUACAUUAAUUCUAAAGAGAGGAUACUGAAAAUUGCCUAGACUCUUAAAAACUGUACUGUCAAUUUCAAAAAUACAUUUUCAGCAUGAGUCAAACUUUAUAUAUGCAUAGACAUAACUAUAUAUAACUGUUCCAAUAUUUUGUUAUCUGAUUAUAAGCUUUAGAAAGCAAAUUUUUUUAAAAAAUUAAAAUAUUUUAAAAGUGAAAAGCAUCUAACAGAAUGCUGUGUAAACAUUGGGAAAGUAUUGUUGGUAUUUAAUGAAAAAAAUAUUGAAUACAGAUGAGCUAAAAUAGAGUAUUGGAUUGUCAAAUUAGAUUCACACAAAUCAAAGACCUUACCUCAUGUCAAGCUCUACUGAGCAUCUCAAAGGUUCUGGGGAUUAAGAAGCUCAGAAAACAAGGAUCCCUCUAUGCUGAGCAUACACCUCUCUUCCAGAGUAACAGGUCAGAUCUCCAAAAGAGUUUUUGUGAGCUUACAUCACAUAGCAGAAGGUGUUUCAUGUGAAACAUCUGUAUUUUAUGUCCUACCUUCUAACAUUUUUCAGGGAGACAUGCUCAUUAAGCCAUACAGCCUAAAUCAUUUCCUCAAAAUAGCUCUUCACUGCUAUUAAAAUUUCUAUAUGUAAUUCCAGGGGCUCUGGAAGCUGAGGCAGGAGGAUUGCAGCCAGCCUCAUAAACUUAGCAAGGCCCUAAGCAACUCGGUGAGACCCUGUCUCUAAAUAAAACAUUAAAAAAAAGGACUGGGGAUAUCUUAGUACUAGGUAAAAGCACCCUGGUACAAAACAUAAAAAUAAAUAAACAAAAAAAUAAAAAUGAAUGAAGGAAAGAGAAAGAUCAAAUGUUAUAACUCUUUCCUUGCCACCUGCUCCAUUUCUGCCAUUCUCUCAGCAAUGUUAUUCCUCUAGAAUGGAAUGGCAAACCUAGUGUCCCAGGUUGUUCAUUGCUCUUUCAUUGUAAGAAACAUAUUUUUCAGAUAAACAUUAUCUGAUCUACACUGCAAUUCUUUUUUCUCUCCUGUGUUUUGAAUGCUUCAAAACAGUUUGAAGCAAGAGUCAAAAGAUUGCUUUUCUUGAUGAUUAUCUUUUUAAUUUCUUUUUAUUUUUCACUGAUUUCUAACUUUCUGCAGUUACAAUUUCUGAAGAAUAAAAAUUAAGUGAUUCAUUUGGGUAAAUUGCAAAAAAGUAAAAUAAUAAAUUACAUCAAUAGAAGAGGCAGUUGUAUGUAUCUUAUUUAAAAAUAAAUUUUAAAAAUAUUUUCCCUUUUGCUAUCUAUACAAAAUUAUUCUUACUAGAGUAAUAAUCCACUCUGGUAAUUGGAAUAGACUGUAUUCCUUCUUUAUGACGUUUCUUUCUUUCAGUUAUAUAAUAUAUAUUAUUGUAUAUUUUAUUGAGUUUAAAAUGCCUGCCUCAAAAUAUUUCAGAUAUAUUUUUACCUAAUGAGUUAUAAAAUCUUUGUUCUAUUUCCUUUUCUUCUACUUGUUAUGUAUCAAAAGUAUGGUAGAAUAAUUCCCAUAAAAAAAACACAUAUAAGAAAAUCUGAAUCCGAUAUUUGCAGCCUGAUUUAUCUCUGUUGCUGUUCCACAAACAGGCUAUGUUAUUUCUACUCUCAAGUCUACAUGCCUUUAAUCACUUUAGGUUCUUAACCCAUAGUGCUCUUUCUUUGCUCAGCUUAUGGGUAUGAGGAGAAAAACCAAGGUCCAUAUGUCUCCUCCCCAACAUAUUCUAUCUCUGAAUCAUUCUGCAGUGUAAUAAUGGCUAACAUUUUUGACUCCCAUUGUCAGAUAGUGUUCUAAAAGCUUUGCAUAUUUUGAAUAUUUUAAUCCUCAUAAAAGCCUGUGAGGUAGCUGCUACUCUGAAUACCCUUUUGCAAGCAAAGGAAACUGAAAUGCAAAAUAAAUGACCUGCCCAAAAUUACACUGCUAAUGUUGUUAUUAUCACACAUUCUGUUGAAUUGGGGAGAUAUCACAUAUACAUCAUCCAAGGGUAAGUUACUUUUCAAAAAAUAAAUUACUAAAAUUCUAACUUGAUUUUGAUAGUUAUGAGUAAUGAUUAAGUAACAUUUAAACAUGAGCAAAUGCAAAAGAUCAUAGUUCUUCUGGGUGGAGAGAAUAGAGGCUAAUAUUUACUGAGUGCUGCUACAUGCUUAAAGCACUAAGUGCUUUCUAUGUGUUAACUUGUAUAAUCAUAAAUACUACAACAACAUUUCAAGACAAAUCCUAUUGUUAUUUUCAUUCCACAGUUGAACUAUUUCAGGCACAGAAAAGUGAGGUAAAAUUUCCACACUGAUGUCCAACAAGUCAUUUCAGAACUAGCAUGUGAAUCCAAGCAGCAUUCCAUAUUUACAUCCUUUACCCUGUACUCUAUGCCUACCUCCCCAGAUAUAACAAUAAAAUAUCUACACAAAUCAGUGUAGGCCAGGUUAUGCUGCAGAAAAAAACAAUUCCCAAAUAAUAUUAGUGACGUUUGACAUCAAAUAUUUUUUUCUUGCUUAUGCUAUGUAACUGUUGCUAGCUGAUGAGCAAGACUCUUCCAUAUUCCCUCACUCUAAAACUCAGACUGAUGUGGUAGUAUUCAUCUUUUAUGUUGGAGUCUCUGGGAGAGAGAAUGCCACAUAUUAUCUUACAAUUCCACAGGUGACACAUUAUUCUCAUAUUUCCUUAGUGAAAACAAAAGCAAGUUAUAUGGCCAUAGGCCAUAGCUCACUAAAUUCAGGAACAAGGAGGUAAAAACUAAAUAUAUUUCCAGAAGAGGGAAAAUUUAAUAUAAAUGGAAAAGUACUGAUGUCAACUACUCCAUCUUUUUUCAGUAAUAUGAUUUGAAUUAAAAAUUCAAAAAUUAUCACUUGGUACAUAUAGUACAUUACUGAUAUAAAAAUCCUUUGAUUCCAUCAUUGUUUUUUGGGAAAAAUCAAAAAUUUUAACUUAUAAACAAAUACUCUUCUUAAAAUAUUAUGCGUACAUAAAGUUAACUCUACUUUUGAUGUAUGAUGUAAGCAUGUUACUUAGAACAUUUUUUACAGAUUAUGUUUCAGUUGCUCACCCAGAUUUACAAAUAUUUCUACUUUUUGAUUGCUUAUACUCAACAGACCAUCUAUUGAGUUGUACAGAAUUUAGUAGUAUUACCAUGGUCCUAUUCCAACUUAUUGUAUUUUAAAAUAAAUGAUCAUACUACAUGAUAUGUUAUCUAAGCAUCAUUAUUAUGCUUGCCAGAAUAAUUCACAGUAACAAUGCUAUUCCAGCAAACUUUUUUAGUUAUUUACCUUCUAACAACCUUAUCAUUAAGCAAAAUUUUCCUCUGCAAAUAUCUCAAGACUUCAAGUGCCAAGUAGCUCAUGAACAAAAAUGACUUUCUUGUUCCCAAGCUAUAUGCUUUAUUAGAUCCAAAAUAAUUUGCAUCAACUGAGAGAAAUAGUUAUGAUUUUUUCUUCCUAAAUAAUUUAAUAUAAAAGACUUCCCACAUUACCUCCUAAAUCAUGUAUUACAUUUUUGACCUUUAUGAUAUAAACAUACUGAAACCUUCAAUUCCUGCCUUACAGGAUUUACAUUUUUACUUAAUGAGAAAAUUUUCUAUUGGAAUUUUAAUUCUUAUUUAUUUAUUUUUGUGGUAAUGAGGACUGAACCCAAGGGUCCUCUACCACUAAGCUGUAUCCCCAGAAUUUUUUUAUUUUUUGAGACAGGAUCUUGCUAAGCUGCUGAGGAUGUUUUAGUCAGCAUUUUCACUGCUGUGACUAAAUGAUCUGACCAGAAUAAUUUUAGGGAAUAAAAGUUUAUUUGAGGGCUCACAGUUUCAGGAGUCUCCAUUCAUAGAACGCCUGGAGAUGAAGCUGAAGAUCAUGGCGGAAGAGUGAGGCAGAGGGAGGCUGCUCACAUGAUGAUCAGUAAGCAGAGAGAGAGACUCUACUUUCCAGACACAAAAUAUAUACCCCAUAGUCAUGCCCCACAAUGAACCAUGUUCUUCAGCCACACCCCAUCUGCCUCCAGUUUCCAUUCAGUUAUUUCCAUGAGGGAUUAAUUCACUGAUUAGGUUAAGGCUGCAGUCCAAUAAUUUCUCCUCCAAACCUUCUUGCAUUGUCUCACAUGUGAGCUUUUGGGGGAUACCUCACAUCCAAAACAUAACAGAAAGUCUCACUAAGUUCCUGAGGUCAGCCUUGAACUUGAGUUCCUCCUGUCUCAGCCUUCUGAGUACCUGAGAUUACAUUAAGAAUUAAAAUUUCACCAGGCAGGUUGGAGCAUGCCUGGCAGAAUUUUAAUUCUUAAAAAACAUCUUUUAGCAUGCCUUUUUUCAUGUUUAAUGUAAAGUGGAAUCUGUGUAUUAUUUGCUUCCGAUUUGGUGAUUCCUACUAGACUAAUUAAUUCAACUAUUUUCACUGUAAGUAAAAUAAAUAGUUAAAUAUUCUGAAUGAAGAUGUGGUUAGCAUCACCCUAAAGUUUAUUCAUUUUACUCUACCUUGCAUGUGUGUGUCUAUAUAUCCAUACACUAUAUGGAUAAAAUUGGUGUUCUCAUUUUUUGAUUCAUUUUUUUUCAACUUCAUGUUCAAAUAUAGAAAACAAUUGUGUCAAAUGGGAUAAAGACAUUAAUCAGAUUGUUAGAAAUACACAUUUUAAAUUGUUGUCAAUAUUUUGUUUCUAUUUAUACUUCUUUAUGUCACACAGGGUGAAAUAAAGAUUCACAAAUACAAGAAAUAUUAUGAGCCUAUGUGUUAUCACAGUUUCAAAUCUUGUCAUUUGAAUUUUAAAAUAAAUCCACCAAUUAAAAGAAUAUUAAUUCCUACCAUUUGGCAAUAAUUAACAUGUAAAGUCUUAAAAUAUAGAUUCUGGCAUCCUUAAGUAUUUAUGCAUUAUAAAAAAUAGACAAAAUAAGCAGAGGAUAUUAGGUUCAGUGUAAUUUGACUUCUCAACAAACCUUUGUUGAGAAAUUCUCAGAUUCACAUUAUAUUUUUUUGUGGUGCUGGGAAUUGAACCCAGGGCCUUAUACAUGUGAGGCAAGCACUCUACCAACUAAGCUAUAUCCCCAGUCCCAAGAUAUUCACUCUUAACAGGUAAAGUAUUAGAUCCUAAACUAUGAACCAUAGGUUAGGUAUUAGAUCCUAUGAACUAUAGGUUAGGAUCUAAUACCUAACCUAUGAACCAUAUGAUACCACUUAACAACUAAUCACUAUGUGUAACAAUAUAUAUAUAGAUAUAAUCCAUGUUGAUGGUAUAACAAAACACAUCCAAGGUGGUAAUUUCAAGAAUAUAAAUAUUUUCACACAAUUUGAGACCACCUUUCUGCUUACUGAUUUUCAGGAUUAUUAUACAUUUGUAUAGAGGAAAAGAAGAGAUGAAAACAUACUAAGUACCUCUUAGGUAUCACAGUCACACUUCCUGUUUUUCAAUAAGCUCUGUUUACUUUUUCUAUUUUCGUUUAUUGACUUUCUUAUGAAAGGACAAAUUUGAUAUCUGUAUAUGUGAGCGAUCAUGCUUUAUAGCAACCCAAUUUAUUAUUUCAGUUCCAUCAAAUAUUUGAGUAUUAUUUCAAAUUUAAGGAGAAAAAUGAGUAUACAAUAUAAAAGGAUGGCACAAAAACAUUUAAACUAAAUAUUUAAUUCAAAAGAAUUUCAUAAAUUUAGACAAGUAAAAUAUAUUGACUUUAAAAAUAUAAUACAAUAUGUUCUAAAUAGUGGGCUUGGUAUGGUAAUGGUUUCUACUGUCAUCACAGUGGACCAGGGGCAGCAUUAUGUAAGCAUUCAAUUACUUGAAAGAUCUACAGCUACAUGUUUUGUUCACAUGUGCUAUUUAGAGCAGUAAAAAAGUGUCCUGUCUUUCUUGUCUUCACUCAAUACAAUACAAAUUGAGUAACUGUUAUAUGCCAGGUAGUUACUGGGCAUUCACAAUAAACAUAAUAACUAUUAUUCCCCCUCUGUGGCAUUUAUGUCUCAUUUAAUAUACAUAACAACUCUAAGAGGCAGACCCUAUUCUUGUUGCCGCUGUGUAGAUGAAAAUAUGGGGGUUAGAAAGGAUCAAGAACUUGCCUGAUGUCAUAGUAACUACUAAGAGUGACUCAUGUUAAUCUCACAACAGAGAACAAGCCUUCAUCAUCACAUCAUUCUCCUCCACCAGAUACAGUGAUAGGAGAGGUGGGAUUACCUAUAUGUAAAAUAUGCAAAAAAGGAAUGAUGCUCUGGGGCUGGGGUUGUGGCUCAGCGGUAGAGUACUCUCCUAGCAUGUGUGAGGCCCUGGGUUUCAUCCUCAGCACCAGAUAUAAAUAAAUAAUUGUGUCCAACUACAACUAAAAAAUAAAUAUAAAAAAAAGGAAUGGGCUGGGGCUAUAGCUCAGUGGUAGAAUGCCUGACUUGCAUGUGUGAGGCACUGGGUUCGUUCCUCAGCACCACAUAAAAAAUGGAAAAAUAAAGAUAUUGUGUCCAUCUACAAAUAAAAAAAAAUAUUUUUUUUAAAAAAGGAAUGAUUCUCCUGUUAUAGGGCCUUGCAUAAGGGGAUGAAGAUGUGUGACUGGUUAAUACUAAGUCCUUGACCCAAACUACUUCUGAAAUCCCACAAAAAAUGAUAUGUUAAUAGGAGAAAGUAAAAGCUACCUGGAUAACAUUUUGGUGAUUGUAUUAUAGAUUGAUGUCUGUAGAGAAUGAAUGAGUUGAAUUUCGUUUUAUCCUAUUGUUUCUACAUUUCUGAACUAUCACACUGAAAUCUUUUAAAUUUCAAUUUUUCUUCCAUGAAACUAACUGAACUCAAUGGAAACUGAAAUGUAUUUUUAUUACUGUCUACAUCUGCUGUUGAAGAAACAAAUAAACAAAGGACAAAACUAUA